AUGCGCUGGUGCCGACCCCCAUCAGGAUUUGGACCAACGACCCCCAACCUCGGGCUGGCUGUCUCCCCCCGCGGCGCUCUUCAAGAAGUCCUGCUGGUGGAUGGAGAGACUUCUGUUGUUACAAAUGGAGACAGCAAGAAGCUGACUUCCGCUGCUUACACAGACUCCAAGCAAGAUUUCACAUGUGGAUCAGGGGCAAAAUGUAUAUUAUUGAAAAAUUGUAAGCUUGUAAGGCAACUUAUGAACAAAAAUUGCUUAGCUAAUAACAGAUUGAGAGAGAUAACUUGUGGCUACUCAGGGGAUGAAACCUCUGGUCUGCUGUCCAACAUCUGCCAUCAACAGUCCUGA